GGCUCGGCCGGCUGUGCGCGCCCACUCCGGCUCCAGGCGGCUGGCGCACGGGCCCAGGCCGGCGGCUUCCAGCCGAGAGGCAGCAGCAGCAGCCGCCGAAGCGGCAGCGGCGGCGGCGGCGGCGGGAGCGGAAGCAGCUCGCGGCGAGGCCCCGCGCCCCUGGCAGCCCCUCCCCGGCGCGGUGCAUGGAGACGCGGCCCGCCGCCGGCCCCUGAGCCCGCCGCGCGGCCCGGGACCCGCGGGGGCUGGGGUGGCCUCGGGCUCCGGCCGGCCCACCGAAGCCGGACUCGGGCUUGGCCGGCCGCCCCCGCCGCCCGAGGGCUGCGCGCGGCCCGCGGGCCUCGUCGCCCGCGCGGAUCGCCGCGGCCCGGCCGUCCCGUCCCAGGAAGUGGCUGUCCUGACCGCCAUGGCUCACUCCCCGGUGCAGUCGGGCCUGCCCGGCAUGCAGAACCUAAAAGCGGAUCCAGAGGAGCUUUUCACCAAACUGGAGAAAAUCGGGAAGGGCUCUUUUGGUGAGGUGUUCAAAGGCAUUGACAAUCGGACUCAGAAAGUGGUCGCCAUAAAAAUCAUUGACCUGGAAGAGGCAGAAGAUGAGAUAGAGGACAUUCAGCAAGAAAUCACCGUGCUGAGUCAGUGCGACAGUCCCUACGUAACCAAAUAUUAUGGGUCCUAUCUGAAGGACACGAAGUUGUGGAUAAUAAUGGAGUAUCUUGGUGGAGGCUCCGCUCUGGAUCUAUUAGAACCUGGCCCUUUAGAUGAAACUCAGAUUGCUACCAUACUAAGAGAAAUACUGAAAGGACUUGAUUAUUUGCAUUCAGAGAAGAAAAUCCACAGAGACAUUAAAGCUGCCAAUGUCCUGCUGUCUGAACACGGGGAGGUGAAGCUGGCCGACUUUGGCGUGGCAGGCCAGCUGACCGACACCCAGAUAAAGAGAAACACCUUCGUGGGCACCCCUUUCUGGAUGGCGCCCGAAGUCAUCAAGCAGUCAGCCUACGACUCAAAGGCGGACAUCUGGUCCCUGGGCAUAACGGCCAUCGAGCUGGCCAAGGGGGAGCCGCCGCACUCGGAGCUGCACCCCAUGAAGGUUUUGUUCCUCAUCCCGAAGAACAACCCCCCGACGCUGGAGGGCACCUACAGCAAGCCCCUCAAGGAGUUUGUGGAGGCCUGUCUCAACAAGGAGCCCAGCUUCAGACCUACCGCUAAGGAGCUACUGAAGCACAAGUUCAUUAUCCGCAACGCAAAGAAGACAUCCUACUUGACCGAGCUCAUCGACAGGUACAAGAGGUGGAAGGCCGAGCAGAGCCACGAAGACUCCAGCUCCGAAGACUCCGACACGGAAACGGACACAGAUGGCCAGGCAUCCGGAGGCAGUGACUCUGGGGACUGGAUCUUCACAAUCCGGGAGAAAGAUCCGAAGAGUCUUGAGAAUGGAGCUCUUCAGCCGUCGGAUUUAGAAAGAAAUAAGAUGAAAGACAUCCCAAAGAGGCCUUUCUCUCAGUGUUUAUCCACAAUUAUUUCUCCGCUGUUUGCAGAGCUGAAGGAGAAGAGCCAGGCGUGCGGCGGCAACUUGGGGUCCAUCGAAGAGCUGCGCGGGGCCAUCUACCUGGCGGAGGAGGCCUGCCCUGGCAUCUCGGACACCAUGGUGGCCCAGCUGGUGCAGCGGCUGCAGAGGUAUUCUCUAAGUGGCGGAGGAACUUCAUCCCACUGAAACUCCUUUGGCGUCUGGAGCUUCGUUUCCCCUUUUCUUCUUCUUCAUCCUCCUCCUCUUAAAAAGUCAACCUCCGCUGAAGAGGUGCGCCCCUGGGGGCCGUCGCCCCAGGAGGCCGCCUGCCCGGGGCCGCGUGGCCCUUGCCCGCUGGCCUCGGCGUGAUGACGUCUCCAGGUGGGGGGGCGGGGGGGGGUCAGCUCCUUCACCCAUCCCUUUCUUCUUCUCGUCUGUAAUUUUAACCAUAGCGCACAUAUCAAGGAAAGUGUCUUUCAACACAAGAAUCAGCCCCGAAGUGUCUGUUUGGGAUGAUGCUAAGGCAACGGAAGAGACGAAACCUCAGGUACCCGCUCUCUGUUGAUGAGCCCCCCACCCCCCACCCCGGGAGACGGAGACGCGCUCUGGUGGGUCCGUGUACAGACGUGUAUAUAGUGUCGUUUUUACGGAGACCCUCUCGGCGCGCGUAGGGAUCACUGUGGCCGCCUCGGCCAAGUGCUUUUGUAGAUAAUGUCAGUGGAGUAAAUAUUUGACAGGCCGUGACUCGAGUCUAUCGCCGCGCCUUGAUUACAUGUACAUUUGGAAUUCUGUGACCGGUGAUUGGGUUUUAUUUUGUAUCCGCUGGCUUUGCCAUUGAUAAUAAUGAAGGCCCGUCUGACGGAACACCCCUCUGUUGGUACCUCAGCAAAUGCCGGGGCUGCUCUCGUCCGCCCCCCACCCUCUGGGUCCACGUCAAAGGUGGUUUUCCUUUUCUCAUCGAUGGUACUAUUGCUCAGUGUUCUCAGCUGGAGCGUGUCUUGCCUCAUGAAGCUUUAAAUUAUUAAGUUUCUCCCCAAUGAAGUGUCCUCGUCUAACAUUGGUUUGGGUUCACGCCACUGCCAGUCCUGCGCCCGCUGUUCCCGUCCUUGCGUAUUGAUCUUCUGUUGCACCUUGUAGUGAAAUCUGCAUAUCAUCCCUCCCGCCUGGAGAUGUCUGAAUGCUUACACGAAUAAAUUUGAUAACACGCUUACUUUGCAAACUCUCCUUGGAGCGUGACUCUUGAGAGGGCAGGGCACCUGCGGCGUGUGGUGUCCGUGUGAGUAUCUGCAGGAGCAAGUGCCCACACUCACAGUGCGGAAUGGCCGGGUCGGCUCCCUGUGCAGCUUUGAAAAUGGUCCCGAGAAGAUGUGGGUGAAUAGUGCUGGUUCGUAUAACUGCUCUGUGUCUUCCCAGGCACCUCGGCGGAGGCUUGUUUUGCUUUCUUAAAGGAGCCGGUGUCAGCUGGUUGGCCAGCCAGGGGUCUGGGUUCUUCUUGGCUUGUGGCACGGUCUUGCUUGCCAGGGGGUUAAUGAUCUCUGGUGUCUGGGGUGAGCGGGAGUUCUCAGAGCAGUUCUGGGCUCAUUUGAGUAGGUGUGGCAUCCUCGUGUGUUUGUCGCUGUGAAGCACUGUUAUCUCUUUGGGGAGGAGCAGUCCUCGAGGGGACACAGAGGCUUUGCGGAAGCAGGGAGGUUACGGGGUCAGCCUGGGGGCGGAAGGCCAGUUGUCCGCUGGCCCGAUGGCCUGGAAGUUACAGGGAGAGGACAGGGACCUGAGCCAGAGACGUUUGAGUGGGUGGCUAUUGUUUAGGUUUGUUACGGAGCGGAACUAGCUUUAAACUCUAGAGUCAAAGUCAUGGGUUUUUACAUUAAAAGUAGAUUUGGUUUGUUCUUAGUUUUUAUGAGGGAUGCAUUUUGGUUCGGGGGAAAAGAACUGAAUUGCCGGGUCGUCUUGUGCAAGUUGGUUAAGUCGAAUAAUGAAAACUGAGCGUAUUUCGUCUUGUGCUCCAGAGAGCAUCCUGCAGGAGGGAGCUCUUGGUUUCCCUUGGUGAGGCAGAAGCCACAGAUCAGUUCUGUCCGUUGCUGGAGAAGGAGUCAAAGCAAUGCAGCAGUGUAGACAGCCGCUCGCUGACCUCGCACUCUUGAGGUUUGCGAAUGGACAGUGGUUUUGGGCCGGGGUGCUGAUGCUGGUGUCAGAUAGCAGUGACCGUCACGCUGGUCGCUGGACCGGAUUCCAGCCAAGAGCAGCGUUGCAGAUGCUCAGGCAGUGCUCUGCAGUCACUGGCCUGUGACAACACACCGCAUCGUCUCCCAGAUCGAGAGGCAGCAUUACUCGGAGUUUACUGGAAAUGGCUUCUCUUGAGGACAUUGCUCAGGGAAGGUGUAGUCUGACUGCUUCUGAAAGUGGUCCAGCUCCCCCGACAAUCUCUCCUGGCUGUUUCUCUCUGUAGACAAAGACAGCUGAUGUGUUUUUAAGGGAUCUCGGUUAGCCAAGGAGGCUAGCAUUGGUCCCCUGCAAGCCCGCCCUUAAAGAGACCAGGUCCUGGAGCUGCAGCAGAACCUGCCUCAGGCAGUACGAACGGCUCUCAGGCUUUAGCCAGACCUGGGAGCUCAGCAUUCGAGAUGGCUCUCCUACCACUUGGAACCCUCUCGCCGCCAGACGGCUUGCCCUCCCCACUGCAGACAGCCGGGGGCUUCGUCUGGUGGGCUUUUGAUGUUGUUUUUUCGUGUCCCAUGUCCAGCUGCCCGCCCUAAGUGGGGUGGCCACCAAGGGGGUUUGGGGGCCCUGACACCCUGUUAGCCUUGUGAUUAUCUUGCUGUGACCCAAGUGCCACACACCUUCCCCAUUUGAUGGCUUUGUCCUCCAGUUGGUCUUUUGACGCAUUGAGUUGGGUUCUUUAUGCAGCAUUUUGUACCUUUCUUUUGGUCUAUUUAUAAGCAUUUUUAUAUUUUCUUCCUUAAAAACAUGGCUUCUGUAUUUCUGCUAUGGAACAUGGCAAUAACCGGGGCGGCUGCAAGGGGUGUUCCUAAGCACAGGCUCUGUAUCACGCAAGGGUCAAUAAAGUUCACAGAAAGUUA